AUGGACAACAAUCAGGGCACGAAGAAAUUUUCCAUCGGGCCGCUGUCAAUGAUCGCCAUAGCUUUCAACACCUGCAAUAGCUGGGCAGGAGUCUCUGGUAGUAUGCAGUCAGCUAUGCUCCAGGGCGGCCCGGUGACUUUGCUGUACGGCAUGAUCAUAAGUACUUCGGCCUACCUGAGCAUCGCUUGUGUCAUGGGAGAGCUGACAAGCGUCUAUCCCACUGCCGGUGGCCAGUACCACUUUGCCUCGAUCCUGGCACCACAGCGGUACCAUAAACUGAUCGCGUACAUCUGCGGUCUGUUCAACCUCGUCGCUUGGUUGGCCAUCGCGUCUGCCACCGUGAUGCUAACGAGCUACAACAUCAUCACGCUUGUUUCCGCCCUCAGAGCUAACUACGUUGCGCAUCCGUGGCACCUAUUCCUCGUAUACGAGGCCUUCAGUACCACGGCGUUGCUCUACAAUGCCUUGGCUAUCAAGCGCGCGUCCUGGAUACAUGAUCUGACUCCUGGGAUCUCAGUUUUCUUCUCCUUGAGUCUAUUCGUAGGAUGUUUCGUGACUGUUCUGGUUCGGUCGUCGCCGAAACAGCCUGACAGUUUCGUUUGGACUGCCUUCCUGAAUUACACAGGCUGGGGGGACGGUAUUUGCUUCCUAACCAGCCUGUCCAAUACUUGCUUCCUAUUUGGAGGCCUGGACGCCUCGUUGCACCUGGUGGAAGAGGCUGAGAAGCCACGAAGAUCUGUCCCCAUAGCUCUUAUCUGCGCUGUAUGCGUCGGUUUUGUGACCGCCUUUUCUUUCACUACAGCCUUGCUGUAUGGUAUCUCUGAUCUGGAUUCCAUCCUCAAUGCCUCAGGUUUCGUCACCUUUGAGGUUUGGUCUCAAGCCUUGCGAUCCCUCACCGGCACGGCUGCGUUCUCAAUCGCUGGGAUCGUGCUCGCCUGGUUUAUGACGAAUGCAAUUUAUCAAACAACCUCUCGCCUCACGGUGGCGUUUGCCAGAGACAAUGCCAUGGUGGGAUCAAAACUGCUGGCCAGCACCAACCCUUGGCUUGAAGCCCCUCUUAAUGCACUACUCUUCGACUGGUUCAUCGUCACUUUGUUUGGCUGUCUAUUUCUAGCCUCUUCUGUCGCAUUUAACGCGAUCCUAAAUUCAACUGUAUCCUUCGGCCAGAUCACUUAUCUCAUCCCCUCCGGGUUAUUACUGUAUCGUAAGCGGUCAACUAUUUAUCUCCCAUCAGAUCGAACUUUCCGACUGCCUUCUUGGCUUGGCUGGAUCUUGAAUGUAUAUGUCGUUAUCUUCACGUCAGUAAUGACUGUAUUUUUUGCCUUCCCGUCGUUUUAUCCAACCACAACUUCUACAUUUAAUUACAACAUCGUGAUAAUUGGAGUUGUCCUAUUUCUAGGUCUUGCAAAUUGGGUGUUCUACGGACGGCACCACUUUCAUGGUCCGACUAUUCUCUAUCAAGAUUGA